UUCAAGGGACUACCUAGUGUAUCGAACAUUUACGUUGCACGUCAUACGCCGUGUAUUUUCACAUAUUUUUCGUCAAUUUAUAUCGGAGUUUAAGUUUAUCAAUAGUUAUAAACGUUUGAAUUUUCAGUGAAUUUGGCUUAUUUUUAUCAAUUCGGAACUUCCAAUGAUGUCGAAGUUUUUACUACUCCUUUGCUUUACUGCAGUCCACGUUCUGGGUGAAAAUCAAGCAGACAUUUUAUCCAGAAACAGGGAUGCUCUUCCUAACAAUGCGACAUCUUCACAAAAUGAUUCUGAGCCACAUUUGAAAACAACUACUCUACCAAGCAAGAUAGUGUCUUUGGAACCUGAGUCAGUUUCAACAGAGACAUAUAGGAAUAAAUUAAAACCACAAGAGAUUUUAAGUAAUGACAGUUCUAUUCAGAGUUCUACAGUUGUUCCCAAUAAUUCUACUGAUGUACCAUCGGAUACUACAGCUGCCUUAAUUAAUACAAAUGAAACAACUACUGAACAAGUUUUACAUCCAACUACUAAUCCAACAGUCAUACGUGCUCCAACAAACACUGUAUCUCGUGCUUCUGGCAAAUGGAUAGUUGUCAAUGAAAGUGAUCAAAUAUGUAUUAUAGUACAAAUGUAUGCAGUGUUUACUAUCAAUUAUACACUUGAUAACCAUACGAUAUCCAGUAAAACAUUUGAUAUACCUGCAGAUAAUGUAACUACAAAUGCAACUGGACACUGUGGUACAUCAGAACAAUAUUUGACAUUAGUAUGGUCUCCUGUAAAUGUAACUGAUGCUAACUUGACACUACAUUUUACAAAAAAUAUAAGUGAGAAUUACUACACUUUCCAUCACUUGGAGAUUGUUAUACCUGAAAAAAAUUUUAAUAAAAGUCUCAAAACAUCUGUGACAUUGGUGCAUGAAAUGCCCAAUAUGGAAAUUAAAACAUCCAAUUCCUAUAAAUGUUUGAAACAACAAAAGCUUGAUUUAAAACAAGAAGAUAGUAAUCGAACUUCGGGUUCUAUCAGAUAUAUUAUUAUUUAUAAAUUAAUCAUAUAAAAUAAAUCAAUUAAUAUUGUAAGAAUGUUGGGUAUAGAUUGCGCUUUUGAUACACCGGAUGUUGUACCAAUAGCAGUAGGCUGUGCACUGGGAGGAUUAGUGAUUAUAGUGUUGAUAGCGUAUCUGAUUGGUCGCCGUCUAAAUCAAUCUCAAGGCUAUCUUAGCAUGUAACGUUAACAUGUGUUUAUCUUUAAUUUUUUUUCGAGUAAUUAAGUGAAAAUUUCUUUAUUUAGUUUAUAUUAUGUAUCGUAAUGUUAACCACAAAACUUGGCAGAAGGUAUUUCCCAAAAAUCAUAUGUUAAAAGUUACAAUACAAAUAUUUGAGAAGUACUUAUUAACAGGAAAAUAAAGAUAUGUAAAAUUUAUGAUCAUUAUAAACCGUGUAUAAUGUCUUUGAAUUAGAAAUUUUUUUAGUUA